AAUAACACGAGUUCCUGAAGUUUCGUUAUCUUUUAUUUGACUCUAUCUCUGCAAUUUCGUUAUUCUUACAGAAUUUGAAGCUACUCAGUAAUUCGGAGAAAUUUACCAUGAAAUUUUCUGUUUUGAGAUUCAGCGAAAAAUUUGUUUCUCAGUUAUUUCCUCAACUAUGUGACACUUUAAUAACGUGAAUGAGUUAUCUCUGUUUGUCUCACUCCAAUAUCAAAAUCUCAAGAUUUUAUCUCUUCGGAAGUAUGCUGUGCAGAUGGCAUCGAGCAAGCUUUUUAGAUCCAUUGACGCAGCUGAAAAAUUCGCCGAUCGAAAGAACCUCCUAGAACAGGGCCAUGGAUAAAAAACUGACACACACACCAAGAAGAUCGCCUUACUUUUGUUGUCACGGACUUUUCUACGGUUCCGUGGUUCGGACUGCACUGUUGUCCACCAUAUUGAUUCUGUGCUCGCUGUUUGUGACUUUGGUACUCAUUGGUGCUCUUUAUGCCCACGCAACUUCACUGUUUUUUUACGUCAUCGCGGCCGUUUUAUUAUCAGCAGCCACUAUGAUGAUUCUUUUCUACAUAUGGUUGGACAGAACGAGUUCACUAUUACGCAUAGAUUAUUCAUCCAAAAUGCCUGUAAGUAAAACCGAAAUUUCAACAUUGAGUGAUUACUACAACCAAGUUCCUUUGGGAUUGAAGUCGGACUAUCCGAUGGGACCGUACUUGAUAAUGACUCUCCCCAAGUCCACGAAUGGGAGGAUGAGAAGUGGAACUUUGGAGAGCGAUUACAGUAUGCCAAAUACGCCUCUUCACAUAAAGAAAAAAGCAGCAAGAAGGGCGAAAAACUUACCACCGCUGGCAAGUGCAGAAACUUUGACACCAUCUUUGAUGUCUUCCUGCUAUGGCAGCAUAGACAGUGUGGUAUGAAAACAGAGCUCUACUCACCAUUUCUACAGUAUUCCAAAACUAUUCCUCAAUGCGUCUUUGGGGAUGCCAUACAGAAAGCAGGCAUCUGAACUUCUAUCUGAGGAACUUGUACAUAUAUAAACAACAAUAUGAGCAUAUUUGUAAAGAGUUUUUAAACUAUUCAAAGCCUUUGUGUUCAUCAAAAUCAGUCUUGACUCCAUUUUGUGGAAAGUCCUAUAGUGUGACUUUGAUAAAUUGAGCUAUGACUUUGACAAUGUUUACCUCUUUUUGGGGUAAUAAUAAUAAGGCAGAGUAAUUGGUGCUGACUUGAAUUGGAUUACAUUCGUAACAGUUUUUUCAAAAGUAUUCCACUCAAAUUCACACCAAUAGACCGUCAUUUGUUUCCUCGAACUCCCUUUAAAAAAGGAAACAUUGGCCAAUUCAUAGCUCAACGUAUGAGAGCCACACUAUACUUAAAACUUUUGAAACAAUGCUUGAACUAGGAACAGGAAGUUUGAACAGAACCAAUCUAAUCAAUUUUUCAACAUGCCAGCAUCUAUUUUUUUACAUGAGAUUCCUCUCCUUCUGAUUUUGCUUAGGCUCCAAACCUUUCAAAUAUAUUUUUAACUCUUAAAAAUACAUAAGCGUAAGCGGAAAAACACUUUUAUUGUGGAAAUAAUUGAAAUUAAUUGAGACAAACGGUUUGACGAAUUGAAAUGAAAAGAAAAGAAAAAAAAACUGACGGUAAAUAUACGGUUUUAUAGUGAAAAUAAUUUUACAUUAUUUAAUUCUAGCGCACUUAUCCAUACGAGUAUAAACGCCAUUAGAAAUGUUGAAUGCUUCCCAAAACUACACUUCCGAUGAAACAUAUUGUUAACAGGUCCCGAUCAAGCCAAAGUGGUCCCCAGGUGCAGGAAAAAUUUGUUGCCCCUCUUGCAAGAUAAUCCGUACAUUUUCGCAGUUGUAGUUAUAAAAGAAAAAAAGUGCAGAAAGAAAGAAAUUUAUCCUAUUUUGGUGCCCCUAAAAUUGUGGUGCCCAGGUUCAUGAACCCGCUGGACCAUGGAUAAUCAGGCCCUGAUGUUAAAUGAUUAAAGUGCCAUCAAAGAUCAGUAAAAUAUGAAAUUUAACUGUUUCUUCGAAUUUAAAUGUUCAACUUCUGCCAAAAACAUGCUCAUGGGUAAAAAAUGCACGGUAAGUCAUAAUCGUAAUCAAUUGAAAUCAUAAUCAUGUGCGACCAAAAAAGUAACAGCUCACUCAAUACUAACAUUAUUAUUUUGCAUUAAAAAGAUUUAAGUAAUCAAGGAAAUAAUCCUUUAUUUCUUCCCAGAUCCUCCCUCCCCCACACAAAAAAAUAAAUUACUAUUUUCUUUCAACUACUAAAUGGUAUGAAAGUGAAAAUGGUAUGAAAGUGUACUUGUUUUCUGCCGGUUUAUUGAUAUUGUUACGAGUUCGACACACUUCAAGAAAUUAUUUAACUGACAGAGUUCUUGCAAAAACGCAGGAAAUUUAUUUUCAAAUAUGUAAAAGAAAUUCGUUGAAAAUUCCUAAAAUAUCCACAGCAAUUAUGGAAAUAUCAUUAAACACUCCACUACGGUAAACACGUAUUUACAUCCAAAUAGCAAAAAC